GACUGAGAGGACGACACCUUCAAAGACAGCCCCUGAGUGUCAGAAAGGCUGCAACACACCCUGAAGGACGAGCAGAGCUGGGUGUUGGCACUGUAGGCUGAGGACUGAAGAGAACUACCGAGGAGACAGACAAAGGUCAACCCCACCCAACCUCAGCAGCAGAUAGCAUGGCUACGGCAAGCACCUCAGGGCAGAGCACCUUCGGGCUCGGGAGGAAAAAGAAGAACCCUGGACUCAUGGAUCAGAUUAGCAAAUUCUUUGGUGGAGACAAAAAGAAAAGGAGCAAGGGGUCGUUCCGGGGUCACCUGGCCUCCUCACCGCAGCAAUCCUCCACUCGCCGCCGGGCCCAUGAAAAUGCUGUGGUGCAUUUCUUCAGGAGCAUUGUUUCCUCUCCUCGUCCUAAAUCCAGGUGGAGAGAGGGCUUGGGCUUGGCCUCGUCGCCACGUGCCGAGGGCACAAAGUCGCCGGUCAGAAGACGCAGAGACCAAAGCACGCUGUCCAGACUCUUCAACCUGUGAUGCUCUCAUCAGACACCAGGAGAAACCAAGUCCCGUCCACCCCCUAAACGCUGGAGCACCAUCUUCUAAGCUCUCCGCCAAGGACAAAGCCACAGAUCCGCCAAAGGGACAAGAUGAAGGAGGGGAAACAGAUCUGCAUGCGGCGGACUCACAACCUCAAGAAGUGUUAACCCACUAACAACAAGCCUCCCGUGUCUUUAGACAGUGACACAGCAGUGUAAAAUCCACUCUCCAGGGAUGUAAUUGGUCUGUGUCAGGUUUAUUUUUAAUCCUACGUCUAAGGAAAUCUUGUUAUUCGGCUGUUUAUAAGCAGUUUGUUCAUGCUUUCAGUAAAAUAUCCUACUGUAAAAAUGACACAUUCAAGUAUCUUAGCCUGAUGGUGCUAGUGUCUGCUGUCUGAGGUUUGUUUUUCUAUUUGUUCCCUGUCAUCUGUAGAAGAGUGAUGCUUUGUGUAUCCGCCUGCUUUCUAGAAACACGACUCACACACCCAAAACAAGAUUGGCUUUGUUAUAUGUGGAAUCGAGAUGGAGAGUGGUUUUGUUUGUGCUUCAGUGAAACUCAUGUCACAGAGAAAUGCUUGUGAGGAUACAACUGGAAAAUCUAAUGUAGUUUUUAUAUAACGGUUUUGUUUUUAUCCCUCAGUGUAAUUAAUAAACAUGUACAAUAGGAUUCUGUUCAAGUCUAUCGAAGGAGAUGUAUAAAAUGCCCUUUUUAAAUGCACUGUUAUAACGGAAACCUUUCCAAAAUACAACCUGUCUGCUGUCUUUCCAAUAGUAGCUUUUGUGUCUCUCUCUGAUUUAUUGUUGGUUGUUUGCUUCUUAAAUUAAACUGGACAUUUUAAUGUUGACUUUUAUUCAUAAGAUGAUAGACGAAAGGUUUGUUUUAAUUGAUGGUUAGAUCGUAAGUAGCCAAGUGGUUGAAUGUGGAAGCAGAAAAAUGAGGAGUUCAGUACUGUAGGACAGUAUUUUGAUUUCAAAUCUUCUGAUGCAUAAUUGUUACAUUUAUUUUGCUCAUAAUAAAUUACAUUGCUAUUCUCAUCUUAUGUUCACUUUAACUCAGUAGUGAAAAGCACUGUAAAGGUUGCAGACACAUGUUGGUGCUACACGAAUAAGAACUGAAACUGAGUGUUGUGUUUCCUCUUAAUGUAAAACUGUUUUUAAUGUUCAGCCUAACUGGAAAUAAACAUCUUUGGUCAUCUCUUA